GUUGUUCGUUAAAUUUAAGGCUCAAUCGGCUCGUUCAAAAAGAGUUUUUUUGGAGGCGGUCAGUUACCGGAGGGGUGCACACAGGAGGAGAGAGAGAAACCCGUUCUGGCCGAGGCGUUAGUCGGUGGGGAGCGAAGGGAGGCUUCAGUCGCGUCGACUCCUGGUGGGGUGGGGGGCAGACGAUGUCGAGCCCUUGGAAGCUGCUCUCGCCUGUCAACUGGGCACGGUGGACGUGGUCGGCCGUGCAGACUGGAGGUGCGUUCGGAGCCCAUCUGGUGCAGAAGGUGUCGAGCAGAGGCUCGGAGCCGUCGCCUGACGAGUUGGAGAGCGAGCCGGGACAACAAAUACUGUCGCCGGACGGCGAGGGGGGUGGCUACCAGGGUCGAGAAUUCUGGGCGGACGCUGCUGACCCUUCGUUGGACGAUGACUCGGAAGACGGGGGUGGUCGAGUCGGCGAUUUGAGCGACCAAGAGCUUCCCUCCGACUCGGAGUGUUUCGACACGGACCAGGCCGAUGAGACGCUCAAACCCUCACGCCUGAACCUGGACGGUCCACAGGAGCAGGACUGCGAGCCUCCUGCCACCUGCGUCAAAGGUAGCGAGACGCCACGGAGCGACCAGCCGCUCAACGGCGUCGAAGCUGCCGAGUCCCAGUCCGAGUCCACAGAGUCCGAAACGCUCGUAUCUGACGGCACGCUGCGAACCGAGGAGAUAGACGAGGUGUUGUCGCAAGGGAGCGAGUCUGCUGCGGCCAGAGAGGGCAGCGAGGAGGACAUGUCGACGGGGUAUUCGCCGUCGCUGGGAUCGGCGAAGCCCUGUGGAGACGUCUCCAAAGGCAAAAACAAAUCGCCGGAAAAAAGUGCCACGCGACUUGGAGUAAAGAAGCCAUCCAGAUUCUCAGCCGACCAGAAGUCCGAUAGCAAUUUAAUUACCGCUGGCAAUGGACCUCAAAUAAAGGGCAAUUACAUGAUGGACUUCAGCAAACUGGAGGACUCCAAUUUUAAUCCGUUUGCAACAACGUCGCAGUUACCCGGCUCCCCCGUGCCCAUGAAGGCGACGCAAUCCUUCGACACGGGCGGCCACUGUGACGCGUCGGAUUUGCUGGCGGCGAGCGCCAAGCUGCCCGGCGUGCCCCUGCACCGCGAGUCCCCCGACGGGGGAGACGUGGCGGGGGGUGGCAGCGAGGCAGAGUCGGGCGAUGGCGAGGACGGCAGCUCCAAGAGCUCGCAGAAGAAGAAGAAGAGAGCUGUCAUUAAAUCCAGAGCUACAUUCCGAGUGAAGAACCGGUUCAGAAACGCGUCGACCUCCGACAACGCCCAGGACCCAGCCCUCGACCUGGAUGCCGACGCAGCCAUGGCAGCCCUCGCCACAGACGAAGAGAAAAUGCAACGCGCGUCGUCGGCCACCGCUGCCAAUGCCACGGCCUUCUCGCUCGAUGGUCAUUCGGCAGAGACCACGCCGGGGGCACCGGACGCCGCCCGGCAGGACGAGGCCGUCUUGUGCGCCGCGAGAAACGGAAAUUUGUCGCCGGCUCCUGCAGGCAAACGAGCAGAGGCAUCGGGCGCCCCAGCCAUGCCAAGCGGAGGCCAGAUGCUGGAGAUUGACUACCUGGAGCAGUUCGGAAUGAGUGGCUUCACAGAGUCGGACUUGAGGAAGCAAUCGCUCUUCGUGAAGUUUGACCCACUGCUGGCAGACGACCCCAAGGCCUUACCUCGUCCGGUCACCAAGAGGCGGCAGAAUGACAGGCCCAGUGAAGAGGCUGCGGAAUCCGGACAAAGUGUGGCCGGUGCAAUCGCUACAGCGAAGGUGGAUCUGCUCUCCGUAUCACCUGAUAAGGUGUUACAGUGUCUGGAGAGGGUAGCGAGCACGCCCGCCGCUCUGGACGGUGACACGAUCGUGGAGGUCCUCAAGUACAGCCAGCGCGACAUGGACACGGCACUCAAGGCAGCCAGGGACAAGAAUGUUACUGUGGAUCAGGAAGCAACCGUGUGGAAAGAGAAAUGCAGAGAAGCAGAGGAGAAGCUGGAGGCGAUGAGAAAGCUCCUUAAGGAGUAUGAAGUGGCGAUGGCGCAGAUGAUGGAUGACGAGCAGCGGGGCAAGGCGGCGUUUGAGCGCACUGUGCAGCAGCUGACGAGCGAGAAGGAUCAGGCACUCGCGGACCUGAACUCGGUGGAGAAGUCUCUCUCGGAGCUCUUUAAGCGCUACGAGAAGAUGAAGAAGGUCAUGGAAGGCUUCAAGCAGAAUGAGGAAGUGCUGAAAAAGUAUGCUCACGACGCCCAGAUCCGUCUCAAGAAGGAGGAGCAAAAGUACCAGGCGCUCAAGGCCCAUGCCGAGGAGAAGAUCAACAAGGCGAAUGAGGAUAUAGCUCACGUGCGCAACAAGGCGCGCACAGAGUGCCUGGCGUUGGACGCCAGCCUGCGCAAAGAGCAGAUGAAGGUGCAGUCCCUAGAGGUCAGCUUGAAGCAAAAGAUUCACGAUAAAGAAGAACUGACGAGGAUCUGCGAUGAGCUUAUUUCCAAAAUGGGUAAAAGCUGAUUGCUCUUCAUGAGUUGCAGAGGCAGAAGUUGAGCGGCGUGGACAAUGUGGCCACUUUUCCAUAAAACAUGAAAGAAAUUAUCACUCAAUUGCUGCAUGCCGAUAUUUGAGAUCAUGCCUUAUGCACAAACCUCAUGUUCCGUAUCACCACCACUGAUAUACCAUUAAAUGUCGUCACAGCUUAAUGAAAAAAAUAGCACAAUCUCAAAUACUUGGCUGCUCUACAUCGAGUGUUUCACAAGUGUCGUCCUUUCUGGCCUCGGGUUUGUAUAGAGAAAUUAAACUGCCUUCUGUGUGCUGGGGGGGGGGGGGUGAGGUGUUUCUACUGAGACGAAGGAGUGGUGAAGGAACCUGUAUCAGGGUUUAUUUUAAUUUGUUUAUUGCAUGUGUACGACAGCUGCUUGUGUGCAUUGUGAACACAGCCUGAUACGCAUCUUGCAUUUAUUUUGUCAUUGUUGCACUUGUGUACUUGUUGAAAAGGUUCUAAUAAAGUUUGUCCCACGUAACAACGCAA